AUCUGGUCUUCUUCAACGCAUUCUUAUUUUCAAAGCAGUUUCAAACUCCAUUGAGCAAGAUACGUUACGAUUUUAGCUAAAAAAUUGCAACUAUGGACGAAAAAGGCAUGCAAGAUGCCGAUGUAGAGAGCAAUCAGCUCCCUUCGGACGAAGGCCAUCAUGUCCCGGAUCAAGUUUUGAAGCAUUCCCAUGAUGCCGACGAGGCAUUGACAGCCCUGGAAGGUGAAAUUAUUACCAUUGAUGAGGCUACAAACAAGAGACUUUUGCGGACCAUCGAUUUUCACCUUAUGCCGCUUCUUUGUGUGGUAUACGGGCUCAAUUAUCUUGACAAGACAACCUUGUCUUAUGCGAGUAUUAUGGGAAUUAAAAAAGACCUUGGCUUGAAGGGUGACAACUACCAGUGGCUCGGUUCAAUGUUUUAUUUCGGCUACAUUGGAUGGGAAUACCCAACGAAUCGAUUGCUGCAGCUGCUUCCUUUGGGAAAAUACACGUCGGUAAAUAUUAUUCUCUGGGGUGCUGUUCUUUGCUGUAUGGCCGGCGUCAAGAGCUUUUCUGGUGCAGUUGCGGUCAGGUUCUUCCUUGGACUCUUUGAGGCAGCCGUAACGCCUGGCUUUACAUUGUUUACUUCACAGUGGUACACAAAGAAGGAGCAAGGAUUUCGAACCGGCCUCUGGUUCAGUUUCAAUGGUUUUGCUCAGAUAGUCGGAGGCUUGAUUGCGUAUGGCAUCGCCAAAGGAACCCAGCUCCACGGUUCAAGCAUAGCUCCCUGGAAAAUCAUUUUCCUGGUCACUGGCCUACUUACGGUUGCUGUCGGUGUGAUAUUCUUCUUCAUCAUUCCGGACAAUCAGCUUAAUGCGCGGUGGCUCAGCGAGUCUGACCGACGCCUCGCUGUCGAGCGAAUCCGAGUUAACCAACAGGGGGUCGGAAAUAAGCACUUCAAACUUUAUCAGCUCAAAGAAGCCUUCUUGGACCCUUUAACUUGGGCAUUUGCUUUCUUUGCGAUUGCGUCUGAUAUUCCCAACGGUGGUCUUACCAACUUUUUCUCGCAACUGAUCGAAUCGUUCGGUUAUACCCCGGAGCAAAGCCUUUUGUAUGGAACUCCUUCUGGCGCCAUGGAAGUAAUUUCGUUGAUAUUGUGUGGAUAUUUGGGAGACCGAUUUGGGCAAAGAAUCCUGGUCAGCACGAUUGGUCUCAUCGUUUCAAUUAUUGGUAUGAUUCUGAUCGUCGCACUGCCACUAUCCAACAAUGGCGGCAGGUUGGCGGGAUACUAUCUGACUGGAUGGUGCCCAACGCCUUUUGUCGCAUUGCUUUCACUCAUCUCCACCAACGUUGCCGGCUAUACCAAGAAGACCACUGUUGCAGCAAUCUAUCUCAUCUUUUACUGCGCUGGCAAUAUCAUCGGCCCUCAAACUUUCAGACCAAAUGAUGCACCCCGCUAUGUGCCGGCUGAAAUUACCAUUAUUGUUUGUUGGGGCGUAUGCCUUUUUGACUUGGUCUUUAUCUGGUGGUAUUGCAAGUAUCAAAACAAGAAGAAGGCAGCGCUUCGCGCUCAGCCAGACUAUAAGAAACUGGAAAAUCAGGAAUGGUUGGAUCUGACAGAUCGGGAAAACCCUGAAUUCGUAUACCAGCUGUGA